AUGAACUGGCUCAGUCUCCUCGUCCUGCUGACCGUGGCCGGGCUGGCCCACAGCAUAGAGUACACCUGCGGAGGGUCCUGUGGGUUCCGAGCUCCUGUCUACAACCGCAACAUGGCUUUUGACUAUGGCAUGACACGCAUCGUGGGAGGCGCAGGUGCCGUGGAAGCAUCCUGGCCAUGGAUCGUCAGCCUCCAGCAUCCCUGGGCACCAUACCUAGGGCAUUUCUGUGGAGGGUCUCUCAUCACUGCAGAGUGGGUCCUCACAGCAGCCCACUGCUUCGAUGAGUAUAAGGAUAUCGGCAUGGUGUAUCUGGUGAUUGGAGCCACCCAAUUGACUCAGCCGGGCCCUGGGGCACAACUGCGCCGUGUUAAGCAGGUGGUGAUACACCCGUACUACAAUCCUGCCGACUAUAGCUAUGACAUUGCCCUGCUGAGAUUGGACCAUCCUGUCCAGUGCAGCCCCUACAUCCAGCUGGCCUGUGUGCCUGAUGCCACACUGAGAGUGUCAGAGCUGCAGAACUGCUGGGUUGCUGGCUGGGGUUCCACUGCUCCAAGAGCACAGACAUCAAGUGAUCACCUGCAGGAGGCCACGGUUCAGCUCAUCAAUCUCAAGAUCUGCAACAGUAGCCGCUGGUACGCAGGGAAAAUCCAUACCCACAACUUGUGUGCUGGUUACCCACAGGGCCUCAUCGACACCUGCCAGGGUGACAGUGGUGGUCCUCUCAUGUGCCAGGACAACCACGCUGACUCCUGGUGGGUUGUUGGAGUGACCAGCUGGGGAAAAAGUUGCGGCAGAGCAAGGCGGCCUGGAGUCUACACGUCCACUCAGUACUUCUAUGACUGGAUCCUAUUCCACAUGGGCAAAAAGAAUAUUCAAAGUGUUUCUUGA